AUGGCUGUUCCCGGGAACGCUUAUACGGUUCUCAUGUCUGAGGUGCUAGACCUUCAGUUCGAGGAUUCUUGGGACGGAGAGUCUACUGAAACGCUUUUAAGUGAUGCAUUGUGGGGGAUACUCAGUGGCUGUCAGGAUAAACUGGGGACCCUUAGCCACGCUUUGGUGUCAGAAUAUGUAUUCGACCAACUGACGGCGAUUUUUGUUAAUCUCGGUGAAGGUGAGGAUAAUUUAGUCAUCGAUGACCCAGAUAAAUGGAGCACCCUUUUCAGUUUGGACAUGCUAGAGUCAAGCUUCGAAGUCGUUGGUUUCGCACAUAUUUUGCUGCAUCUCUCAUACCUCUCACUCAUAAACGCUCAGAAAAUUAGCCAGAUCCCGAACCUGAAAAAUAACCUUUGGAGUAUUCUGACAUUAAAGCUCAAAGCUCCAGAGGUGGCAAUUCAUGCCAUAAGUGAACUUUAUACACAGGUGUUGGCUGUUGAUUGCAACCCUAUGGACUUAAAGAAACUGUAUGGUGAAGUGGAAAAGGGUUCAAGAACGGCGCUUCAAAUCCUGAAUACGUUAGGCAACACCAUGUCAGAUUUCAGUAGCCAAAGUCUACUUUUUUUUGAUAAUGCAUACAAAACUUUCGAAAUAGAUUCCUAUACACAUCAACUGUGUUUGCAACUCUGGACAAUAUUCCAUCGCGUAACUUCAAAUCGAAUUUUUUCGCUCAACAACAAUCUCUUCGUCGAGAUACGUGAGUCCAUCUUGUGCAUAUCGGAUGAUGAAUUUGUACUUGCGGUAUUCGAAACUUUUGAGUUCAAUACGGAUGUCCUGUACAACAUCUCACUGAAUAUAAACGGAGAUACGUUCACCCUUUAUGUCGACGGAGUUCUAAUUGAAAGUAUAUCGAUUCCACAAACCCCCUCCUCUGAACGCAGCAUAAAGAAAUUGGAGCUGGGAUCCAUGAUAUGCUCGUUCAAGGUUUUCAAGUUCUGGGUAUGGUCUGAACCUCUUCUUGAAACAGGCAUCAAAUUAACUAAUCGCUUACCAUUUUGGGAGCCUGGAAACACGAUUAAUGGCACCGGUGGCCGAAAAAAAGUUUCAGAGGAAGUGGAUGUGAGUCUGUUACUGGAAAUCUGCGCAUCUAUCGAGACUCCGGGAUUGACGAUGGGUGUCUGCGCACAUCACGCAGAGCAAUUGAGGAAUACAAAGUUGAUCGUUCGCUUUGUCCCUUCAGAGGUAAUAGACGAGUCUUGGGAGUCAAACACUGAAAGCUGUACCUUGAUCAUGGACAAGGAGAGUUCUAGUCAUGUUGGCAAAGUCUUGUGCUAUAGGUGCUCUUCUCUACUUUCAUGCUUCGAGACAAUAUGUGUCUUCGAUCAUGUUCUGAGCGUACUUCAGUGUUCUAGGAACCUUGACGAUUUGUACGAAUACAUGGAACAUUGGCUAGCUCUGAUGCAAUGUACCGAGCUCCGGAAAUUUUUUGAAGAUCAGAUAGGCUACGAGUUCUUGAGUCUAUUUAUCGAUUCCGAGGUUUUGUUAAAACUGAAUACAAGCCUCUCACUUCCCUUCAUGAAUCUUUUUCUAAAGUAUUGUGGGUGGGAUACUAAUUGCUCGGCGGACUCGUUAGUGAAAAAUAGGGAGGCAUGUACUGCACUGCUACUAAAUUUUGGCUGGUGGGUAGGAGAGAAUGCCCUAUCCGCAGAAUGUUUCUCUAUCGAGAUUCUGCGCUUUUUGUUUUUCCAGCUCCAUGAAGCGCUGGAAAGUUCCAAUUUUGCGGAAUUCAAUUAUAAGCAACUCGCGAACUUACAGCUUUUGAAUAGAUUAACGAAAUUUCUUGACGAUUUCUGCUCGGACUCGCGGCGGAUUGAAAUUGUCGAGUGCAUUCGCAAUGAGAUCACAGAUAUUUUGAAACUUAUCAUAAAGAAAUCUUCAAAAAUUGAAGUUAUAUCUUUAUUUAACUUCAUCUACUUUGAGGUCAAGAAGAGGUCAGAGCGGAGUGCGUCUUUGGUUUUGGGCUCAUUGAACAGCGCCCUAGGUGAAAUGCUGUUUGCUGAAGAUCAGGAAUUAUCUAACAGUCUGACUGAAAGUUUUCCUGUCAAGCUCAUGUUGAUGAUAAUCGAUGCUGCUCAUUCUAUGGCUGUGAUAUCCAGUGGCCUGAGCAUGUUGAUAAAAUUCCUUGAGUCAGCUGUCACCUCGCACUCAAGAUUUGUGAGAAACAACGGCUUCCGAAUUUUGUAUGGUAUCAUCAAGGAAACCGAUUACCAAAACUAUGAGCGACUCAUUAACAUUCUAUUGCGACCUGAUCUCGCCGCAGAUGAUUUGAAACUGUUCAUGGAAUUGUCCAUAGCAGAUCAAAAUGGCCAACCUGCUCGCAAAAGUGAUGUUCGUUCAGAUAAUCAUUGCCUUAUCGUGGACCUACUAGAGUGGGCAGUUCUAAAUGACGUCAAAGCGUAUCCGCUAGAUAUGGAUGAAAUGAUUUGUCGUUAUUUGAGCAGUGCUAUAGCUUUACAGGGGGAUUUGCCUGGGUGGGUUUUAUUCGACGCUCGGCAAUCAUUGUAUCUUGGAAAGCUACUAGGUCUUUUGAUGACGGUCCGGAAGCCUCAAAAUGCAAACACAUACGUUUGCGCAUCUAAAGGUUUGACAACCAUAUUAACCAACUCAUUGCUGCACCACCUAUCAUUCUCGAGCCCUAAGAAGUUUCGCGAUCAAAUAUCUCAUUUAUUGAAGGAAAGGGGAAACAAAACAAACCGUCAUUAUGUGGAACAAUUUUAUUGGAUUUCGCCUUUCGAAAGUGUGCUCGGGCAGCUUGAAACAUUCAUACCGUCAUUUACGGAACUGUUCGAACAGAGUGAUCAUUUUCCGUCAAAUCUUCUUCAGCUGCUAGACACGUUCACGAACAGCUCUGUCUUCUUUGAACUACCAGUUGGCCACUAUCUCAAGACUCACGCAAUUGCGACAACAUGUCUUGAAAGGUCGGCUCAUCAAUCAACAACGAACAGAAAAUGCAGCGCUUCAAAAGAAACUCUCCACAAGAUAGUAUACAAAACUAGCGUUGCCUUUUUCAGCAGUAUUGAAACCUACGAUCCUAAUACGGCAUCAUCGAGUUUGACUAGGUUCAUUGAUGUUACUCUGCUUCAACAGUCUGCUUUGUUUCGGGCCGAGGACAAAGAUGCUACCGCUGACCUGGAGGCCGUGUCUUUUCUUUUUAGCGCGCUUGCCUGGUCCUUGACAAUCCCAGCACUACAAAACUCUCAAACAGCAGUACUUAACUGUUUGCGUAUAAUAGUGAUGCACCAUGAAGGUCUUCUUGGUAUCAUUUCGAAUAUCAUUGACCGUGCCAGGAAAGAAAAGGUGCUCAAAAUUCUACUUUUCUCUUUGUCGGCAAGUGAUGAGGAUCUCCUUCAGUGUCUAAGAUCCGAAGAGGCGAGGGCAGCAUUUGAAGCAUACGGUAAGAAACACAUGAAAGGAUUGGACGGAAGUAGCUCUACUAAGUACAGCGCGGAACGAAGGCUUGCAACGAAAAUCCUUUUGCUAAAGCAGAGAGAGGAAGCCCUAGAGAGGCGCUUGGCGGAACUCGACAGCAUGUACAAAAAUUUUUGUCGUGAUGGUCAGAGGAUGAGUGGAACGGUUCUAGCUGCGGAGGAGAGAAGAAGACUUUAUAUGCUUAAUGACGCAGAAGACGAAUUGGUUGUGUUUCGCCAGCGAUUAGAGGAAUUCAGAAGAAGAACUCAUAGUAGGCGUAGGAUCCAGAUCCCAAAAACAAUUAAAGGACAAUGGUCACUUGAUCCUAUGGAAGAUUCUAAUAGAAUGAGAAAACGACUCAUUCCAAAUUAUCCUGGCCAGAACGCACAAGUGUCAUUUCUAUUUCAAGACAAGAAACAGGCUAAGUCAGCUCCAGACGACCCACCUGCCGGCCAAAAUAGUGAACGCAAGGCUAGCAGUACAAUGUCUUUCGAGAUUAUCAAAGAAUUGGAUAUGCUCAACCUCGAAACAGACAAUAGCCACGAUAGAAAUAGAAAGGUACUAAAAAUGCUCCAGAAGGGAGACGCUAUCAAACGCAUCUGGAACUGUAGCAAUGUUGUUGGAUUAAGUGUCACUGAAGGAGUUUUGAUUCUGGGAGCAAAUUAUUUGUAUUUCAUUUCUGGCUAUUUUUACUCAGGAAGUGAAUCAAAAGUCAUUGACCUGUGCGAUGCUACUUCUACAGAACGGGAUCCUGCAGUUAAAAUGAUUUCUGGUUCUAGAGAGGAAGACAAGGCUUUGAAAAAGGAGCACAAAAUAGAAUGCUGGAAGUUACCUGAGGUGGCUUUUAUACUGAAAAGGCCCUUUUUAUUACGAGAUUCAGCAAUUGAAAUAUCGUUUGAUGACGGGAAGAGCAGUUUUUACACUUUUCGCAACAACGGAUGGCGUAAUGACGCUUACGACUGGUUGCAUAGGAAAGGAAGAGAACUUAAGAAUAAGACAAUAUUGUCGGAUGCUUACAACGAACUUGCAAUGAAGAGUGAUAAUAUCAAUAUCAAAAAUGGUCUUUCUGAGUACACGCUGUCAGAUAAGGUCGCCAACGUAUUUUCGUAUGGCAAUAGCUCGUCCCCUUCUUUUAAAGCCUUAAAACUUUGGCAAUCGGGCCAGAUAUCCAACUUCUACUAUCUGAUAUUGUUGAAUACCCUUGCGGGACGGACGUUCAAUGAUAUUACCCAGUACCCAGUUUUUCCAUGGAUCAUAGCAGACUACCACAGCGAUGAGCUCGAUUUAACAAGUCCAAAAACUUUCAGGGAUCUAUCGAAGCCUAUGGGAGCACAGUCAGAGCGCAGGAAGGAACAGUUCAUUGAGCGUUUUGAUGCGUUGAGAGAUUUGGGGGACGGAGAGCGCCCGUUUCAUUAUGGUACUCAUUAUUCUUCGGCGAUGAUCGUUUCUUCUUAUAUGAUGCGCAUACCACCUUUUGUUGACUCGUAUCUCUUACUACAGGACGGUAAAUUCGGCCAUGCAGAUAGGCUCUUUAAUUCAAUUGAGCGAACGUGGAGCUCAGCUUCCCAAGAAAACACCACUGAUGUGAGAGAAUUAAUCCCCGAGUUUUUUUAUCUACCUGAAUUUCUUGAAAAUGUUAACGCAUACAAUUUUGGUGUUUUGCAAAAUGGAGACAGAGUAGACAAUGUUCUUUUACCACCAUGGGCCAAAAAUGAUCCGAAGCUGUUUGUUGCUAAAAACAGGGAAGCACUGGAGAGUCCUUAUGUUUCUCAACGGCUUCAUCUUUGGAUUGACCUUAUUUUCGGCUUUAAGCAAACGGGUGAGGCUGCCGUCGAGGCAGUCAAUGUCUUUAACAGAUUAAGUUAUCCAGGAGCUGUCAAUCUAGACAAAAUUGAUAACGAAAAUGAGCGUGUGGCUGUGACUGGUAUCAUUCAUAAUUUUGGUCAAAGCCCAUUGCGAGUUUUUGACCAGUCGCACCCAAAGAAGCUCCUUCAGCAACUCCCAUUACCUUCUAUAACCUGUGUUUUCAGCGACUUAGCUGAAACGCCACACGUUCGAUACAUUUGUGAUGAAAAUUACUCGGUGCCCCAUGAGCAAUUGGGAGCUUCUGAUAGCUCAGAAAACACUGCUGUGAGUUUCAUAGGUUGCUCUAUUUACGUUGAUGGAGUGGAAUUUUUGAAUGCUCAUCACUGUAAGAUUACGUGUCUGAAAAGGUUGAAAGGCAGGCAACUAUGUACUGCAGACGAAUUAGGUCUCAUCAAACUUUGGGAAUGGACUAAAGAGGGCACUGCUACAACCCUAGCCGAGAUAAAACGACUAGACGCACAUCUCUGCUCGAUCAGGGAGCUAAAAUUUUCCAGUCAAUAUAAUAUGUUACUUUCCUUGGACUUUGAGGGCAACCUAUAUUCAUGGGACACUCUCACUCUUCAGGUACUCCGAUGCUAUUCUGAGAAGGUCGUUCUUUCCGCCGUAAGUGAAACGACAGCCACAGUUCUGUUUCUUGACGGUUUAGACAUGAUUACAAUUUGCAAUCUCAAUGGGUCAGUAUACGUCGAACGGAAGUUUGAUACGACUAUUAGUGCUGCGAGCUUUCUCAGGGUCGAAGACGAAAAUCAAAGUCUCCAUUCGCACCAAGACGAAGUAGAUUUGAUCGGGUUAGGCUUCACCAACGGGGAGAUCAAAAUCAUGAGUUUGAGACAAGGGCAAGGCAAUGCAGCAUGGCAGCUACAAGAAGUGAAAGGUUUAUCAACCGGUGUAAGAAAACCAGUGACGAGUCUAUACAUUGGAAUCGAGGGGCUUCAGGCACUGAACACCGGCGUGACAAGGUGCCAAAUUCGAGCCAAGAACAGCGAACAAUCAUUUGUAUGGAUCUAG